AUGAAGUAGUCUGCUGUAAUCACAUUGCAAGGCUGUCCCUAAGCAGAUUUUCUUUCAAAAACGGGAACAAGUUACGAAAAACUAGACCCAUAUCAGCUAUACAUAUCAUUCCACCAUGGAAAAUGGGACAUUGUCCUUGGAGGACAAAGUGGAACUCAUUUCAAGGAAUUUACAAGAAAUCCUUGGAGAAGAUCGAAUGCGGGAUGUACUGAAGGAAAGAAACUUAAAAGUUUACUGGGGCACAGCUACAACAGGAAAGCCCCAUAUUGCCUACUUUGUACCUAUGUCUAAGAUUGCUGAUUUCCUCAAGGCUGGAUGUGAGGUAACAAUACUAUUUGCUGACCUCCAUGCAUACUUGGACAACAUGAAGGCCCCCUGGGAUUUACUACAACUUAGGACUAAAUAUUAUGAGGCUGCCAUCAAAGCAAUGCUAAAGUCCAUAGGAGUGCCAUUGGACAACCUCAAGUUUGUCAAGGGGACAGAGUAUCAGUUAAGCAAGGAAUAUACACUUGACGUUUACAAAUUGACCUCUCUGGUCACAGAGCAUGAUGCCAAGAAAGCGGGAGCUGAGGUGGUGAAGCAGGUUGAGCACCCUCUCCUCAGUGGCCUACUCUACCCAGGACUACAGGGCUUGGAUGAAGAGUAUUUGGGAGUAGAUGCACAGUUUGGAGGCGUAGACCAAAGAAAGAUUUUUACAUUUACUGAAAAGUACCUCCCUCAACUGGGAUAUAAAAAAAGAACACAUUUAAUGAACCCCAUGGUGCCAGGAUUAACAGGAGGUAAAAUGAGUUCCUCUGAGGAGGAUUCUAAGAUUGACCUGCUGGACAGUGCAGCUCAGGUGAAGAAGAAACUGAAGAAGGCUUUUUGUGAACCAAGAAAUGUCACAGACAAUGGAGUGUUGGCCUUUGUCAAGCAUGUGCUUUUACCACUGUCACACUCAAAUGAAUUCACAAUAGAAAGAAAGCCAGAGUUUGGUGGAAAUGUUACCUUCACAAAUUAUGAAGAUAUUGAAGCUGCAUUUGCCAGUGAGGAACUUCAUCCUGGUGAUCUCAAACUUGCUGUAGAAAAGUACUUAAACAAAUUAAUGGAUCCAAUCAGGAAGGAAUUUGAAAGUCCAGAAAUGAAAGCACUUGUCAGCAAAGCUUACCCAACAGGGAAAAACACACCUGGCAAAAAGGGGGCAGCAGCAGCUAAUGGACCCUCAGGGGAUGAUGAGGUAGUUCCUUCCAGACUGGACAUGAGAGUAGGGAAGAUCUUAUCCGUAGAUAAGCACCCUGAUGCAGAGUCCCUGUAUGUGCAGACUGUUGAUGUGGGUGAAGACAAGCCCAGGACUGUAGUGAGUGGGCUGGCUGGUUUAGUACCGAUGGAAGAGCUGCAAGGCAGGCUAGGGGUGUUCUUGUGUAACCUCAAGCCAGUGAAGAUGAGAGGAGUGGAGUCUCAGGCCAUGCUGAUGUGUGCAUCAAAAACAGUUGGAGACAGCAAGGUAGUUGAGCCUUUAGAUCCUUCAAGCAAUGAUGUGCCAGGAAACAGGGUGUUCUUUGAGGAGCACAAAUCUGGUAAACCAGAUGAGGAACUUAAACCCAAGAAGAAAAUCUGGGAGAAGCUACAGGCGGACAUGAGGGUCAAUCAGGAGUGUAUAGGGGAGUGGCAAAGCAGUUUACUAAUGACAGAACUAGGGCCUGUGAAGUGCAAGUCACUAAAGGGAGUUCCAAUUAAGUAGCCAUCAGAAUAAUUUGACAAUGAACUUAAGUGGCAGAAUAUAUGUAUUAUAAUUAUGUAUAUUUAUAUGUAUACUUUAUUUUGGUUCUUAUAAAAACAUAAAAAAUCACAUCUCUUGUAUUUCAUUUGAAGAAAGUUAGUUGCUGAACAAUCAUGUAAACAAUAAUACACAUUAUUUAUUUGUUGCAAUGUACUUUCUACUGUAAGUUGACGAAUGUGACAGUGCACAAACCUAGCAAGUUUUUUUUUUUCUUGUCUGAGAAAUGUUCUUCUUUCCAAUUCUUCUGUGUGAAGUCCUGCAUACCAAUGAUGCCAAAGUUCGAAUAUUUAUCAAGGCAGCAACAGAAAUAAUGCACUCAAUGCUGCUAGCUCAUAACAAAUGAAAAUUUUGAUUUUUUUUCUGUUUUAUUUUAUUAUGUUAGUUGAAUAUUUUCUUCAUUGUAAACACAUAAGUUGUUAACUGUUUCCUUUGGCACCCAAACACCUAUUAAAGUGCUGAAAUAUGUGUACACAAUUGUAGGCAUUUCCGUUAUGUCAUACUUUUAAAACAUUAAGAUAAAAUGAGGAUAGAGAUUUGGAUCUGUAAAACUUGGGAUUAUGUGUGGGGCCUGUUUCACAAUUGUACUGAAAUUUAAGUAAGGAAUCUUAGAGUAAAUUACAAUUGUUUCGACAUGGAGUUUUGCACCCCAUUUCCAUAGAUUAGAUCGACCUACUUUAGAUCGACCUAACUCCCUGUCAGCGGGGCGGACA